ACUUGGAGCUCACUAAGUGGGAGGAGAAACAAACCAGUAAUAUCAGGACAGGAGCCAUGCUAGCCUAUAUAAGCCAGUGGGACAUUUUCUUUUUCUCUACUUUCCUUCUGGCCUAACCAGCAAACCUACAGCUACUCCUGAGCUCAUCUGAGAGGUUCAGAACUUCAACAUGGAAAACUGUGUUGAUGUCAAGAUAGAAACCAAGGAAGAAAGAAUGUCAAUGAAGCAGAAUCCACUGAGCACAGGUGGGAAGAGUUUCUGCAGAGCUGUGGGCUACCUCACUGGAGACAUGAAGGAUUUUGGAACCUGGCUGAAAGACAAACCUCUCAUGAUCCAGUUCCUUGACUGGGUGCUGCGUGGGAUAUCCCAGGUGAUGUUUGUCAACAAUCCCCUCAGUGGACUGGUCAUUUUGGUUGGCCUCCUGAUGCAGAACCCAUGGUGGGCACUCACUGGAUGUGUGGCAACAGUCGUCUCAACUUUAACAGCACUUAUUCUGGGUCAGGACAGAUCAGCCAUAGCAGCAGGCCUGUAUGGAUACAACGGGGUCCUGGUGGGAUUGCUGAUGGCUGUCUUCUCUGUUGAUGGAGACUACAACUGGUGGCUCCUCCUGCCAGUGGCACUGGUGUCCAUGACCUGCCCUAUUUUCACCAGUGCUCUAAGUGCAGUUUUCUCUAAGUGGGACCUGCCUGUUCUCACCUUGCCUUUCAACUUGGCCUUGACCCUCUAUCUGGCUGCUUCAGGACCACACAACCUCUUCUUCCCCACAACUGUCAUUCACCCUGCAACGGCAACACCGAACAUCACCUGGUCGGAUGCUGAAAUCACAAUGCUCCUGCGAUCUAUUCCAGUCGGUGUGGGCCAGGUUUAUGGUUGUGACAAUCCCUGGACCGGGGGAAUUUUCCUGAUUGGUUUAUUUAUCUCCUCUCCACUCAUUUGUGUCCACACAGUGAUCGGUUCAGCAGUGGGAAUGCUAGCAGGGCUGAGCUUAGCAACGCCGUUUAACCAAAUCUACUUGGGCCUGUGGGGCUACAACAGCUGCCUGUCCUGCGCUGCCAUCGGGGGCAUGUUCUUGGCUCUCACCUGGCAGACACACCUCCUGGCCAUGGCCUGUGCACUCUUCAGUGCCUACCUGGGAGCCGCAGUGACCCACAUGUUGUCUGUGUUUGGGGUGCCAUCAGGAACCUGGUCUUUUUGCUUGUCUGCACUGACUUUCCUGCUAAUGACCACAAACAGAUCUGCAAUCUUCAAGCUGCCACUCUCCAAAGUCACCUACCCAGAAGCCAACCGAGCUUAUUAUCUGAUGAUGAAGAAACAUGAGAGGUCUUGCUGUGAGGCAUAGAAGAGAGAAACUGCAGAUUUUAAGGCAAGAGCACAAGAUGUUUGCCCAACAGACCAUGAUUUUUGUGCUACAAUGUCCAACACCACCUUCUGCGUGGAGAGACUUCUCCCACCACAUCUGUUUGUUCCAUUAAGAAGAUUUCUAUUAGGUAGGACUGUACUGUCCUGGAAGGACCUUUCCCGAGAUCAACCUGUUAUGAUUUUAAAGCACAUAUAUCUGAAAAGAAACUUGAAUUAUAGGCAAUGGGAAAAUUACUUAUAAGCUGAAAAGGAAAAUCUCUCUCUGAAAUUGAAGACACCAAAAUCAAACAUAAAGAAAUAAACAGCGUCUUUCAGCAUAUGAGGGGACUUCAAAUUAAUGUCUAAACAGCUUAUGACAGCAAUAGGAGGCAUCUUAUAGAGUUUCAUUGUAGCAGAGAAAUGGAAUAAAGAGCACUCUUUGCCAAGUAGAAAAUAGGCUUUGAAGUAUUCCACCUGGAGGACUUCUCAAACCCCGUGGAGAGAGAUGUUCCUUAGCAAUCAACAAACAUAAGAUGGACAUGAUUUUUGUGAUUUUUGUGUUAAUCUCAUGAUUUCUUUUAAUACUUGAAUUUGGUGGUGGGUUAGCAAAGGAGAGGACAACAAGGAAGUAAUUGCUUUCUCUUUCCUGUGCGAUAAAACAGCUGUGUUCAGUCAAUGCACAAAUAGAACUAAUUUGAGCUUAUCUUUUUAACUUCUCUCCCUACACUAUCCUCAGCCCAUGAAUAUCAAACAACAAAAUGCUGCACUCUCCCAUCCUGCUGCCAAAGCUCAGGGGGGACCUUCUGGCUCUGCACAAUUCCCUGACAGGAGGGGACAGCCAGAGGGUCAGGCUCUGCUCCCAGGGAACAGGGACAGGAGGAGAGAGAACGAUCUCAAGCUGUGACAGAGUAGAUUUAAAUUGGAUAUUGGGGAUAAUAACUUUUUGUAGAAAGGGUUAUCAAGCCUUGAAACAGGCUGUUGGGGCAGUGGUAAUGUCCCCAUCCCUGGAGGGUUUUAAAGGCCUUGUGGAUGUGGCACAUGGGGACAUGGGUUAAUGGUGGCCUUGGCAGCAGUUCUGUGAUUCUGUGAAGCAGCUGCUCUGCUGUUUCUCUCUACCCCACAGUGGGAAGGGGACGUUUGAGGACCAGUCCAGCUGAGCUCUGCAGGACACCAGCCAUGUACCACCUCUGCACAGGCUCCCAGGGUGUGCAGGCAGGGAAGAGGGAAGCUAGUCUUGCACCCAGCAGUGUGAAUCACCUCAACAGGCAUUAACCCAGCACCUUUCUACUGGCUCACUGACAUACUUUGUCUCAUGGGGAAGCUCAUAUCUUCACCAAAAACAUUCCAGGUGCCCAGGUCCUUCAGCUGACAGGAGCCUACAUGCAUUGAUGUCACACCAGGAAAAGCAAAUCAAAACCUCUUUUUCUUGUAGCAGAUGAAAUAAAAUCUAGCAUGAUUUUUGAGUUUGGGAAGGGGGGAAAACCCCAAACCAUGUAUUUUUGCAAACAUCACAAAGACCUGAGUGUAAAAUAUUUGUGAUGAACUGUUGGCAGUAUCUUCUGGUGAAGUUUUAGGUUUUCAGAUGUUCAACAGUAUUUCUGUAUGACUGAUACUCACUUGUAAAAUGUAGCAUUUCCAUGAUUUACUUAAUAAAUAUCUGCAUAAUA